UCAGAGUGGAGAGAUCAGCAUAUGGUUUCUUUGCUUGGAAAUAAAAUAAAACAGCCAUUAUUGCUUUGUGAUUAGUUAUGUGCAUGCAAGUUAAAACCUGCCAUUUAUAUGGAUAUGUCUAUAAGCGCUUAUAACAGCUGCGCGGUGUUAUUAUACAGACUGUAAAAUCUGUAACACUUUGAAUCACGUACACUCACACCCGUGGUCCCAGCUUUUUUUUUUUUUACUCCUCCCUUUUCUCCUUUCCUUUUCUCCUUCCAUCAUCCCAUCCUUCCCCUCCUCCUUUGCAGAGCGCGCGGUGUGUGUGUGUGUGUGUGUGUGUGUGUGUGUGUGUGCACACCAUGGCGCUGCGCGUUAAAGCGUGUGUAUACGUGGCGCUGGCUCUGGCCUCUGUGUGCGCCUGGUGCUCCGUGUGUCUGUGUGCGGCCAGUCCGGGAAGCUCGACCUCUCUUUCGGGCCUGCUGCCGCCUUACGACGAGCUCUACUAUCGCGGAGUGCGGGCGUAUUUUACGGAGGACUGGGAGAAAGCCGCCGAGUUCAUUGAGCUGUCCAUAGCUACCAGAGAAGCUCUGCUCAGGACCAGGCGCAAAUGCCACGACGAGUGUUCAUCUGCCGGGGACGAGAUAGUGCCCAGUCUAGAGAAAGACAAAAACACCCUGUGGGACCUGUGGACGUUGGACUGGAUCCAGCGGCGAGCAGAGUGUAUAAAGUUUUGUUUGGGUCGAGCCGUCACUCCCGCCGGUCAGCUUCCCGUAUCGCUGGAUAUCGAGUAUGAAUUUGGGACUCGCAACGCUUACAAUUUCCUGCAGAUUGCCUACUACAAGUUGAGGAAGCCGAGGAAGGCUGCUGCAGCCGCAUACACGUUCUUCAAGGCCAACCCGAGUCACCUGGAGAUGAGGAACAAUAUCGAGAAGUACCGGCGCAUGGCUGGGGUUACAGAGGAUGCCUUUGAGGACAGAGAGAGAGAGCUGGAGAAACACUGGGAGUUCUAUGAUGCUGCUCUCACAGCGGAAAGUUCCUCCGACUGGCCCAGAGCGGUGAAUAGCUGGAAGGAGUGCGUGAACGAGACUCUGAAGCAGACAGAUGAGUGCAGAGCUCAGUGCGUGGUGACAUCACAGCGCCUCCCAGAGGAGAUCGAUGGCAUGGAGGGAGUAUACGAAAAAGCUGCAGCCCUGUCUCUGUCUCUGCUGGCAUGCAAACAAGCAUGUGUUUCCCUGGUGUCCAUGCGGCCUGGACGGGUCUCUCCUCAGGAGGAUUUUCUUCCAAUGCAGCUCGAGCAUCUUCAUAUCGCCCAGUAUAAAGAGGGGGACCUGAAGGGGGCAGUGCAGACAUUGCGCUCUUUGUUGCUGUUUUACCCAAAAGAUCCGGAGUCACUCAGUAACCUGCAGAUCUAUACGGAGUCUCUGGAGGGCGACACUGAAUCACAGACCACAGGCCCUUCACUGGAAAUUUCUAACUAUGUUAGCCGAGCUCUAGAGGAAAAGAAAUUGCUUUACUUUGGAGUGGAAAAUCUUGAUUUCAAAUUCUUUGACCCGGACCUGUGGACACCAGAGGACAUUGUUCCAGAGUCACUGAGGGAGAGCUGGAGAGCAGAGCGAGAACAGCUGAAUGCGAAGCUAAAAGAAGGAGAGAAGCUGUUGGAGGUGGAUGACAGCGGAUUCUAUGCUGGAGGUCCAGUUCCUCUGGUUGGUGUGACCAUUACGAUGGAUGACGAGACCCUGAAUGGAACCAACCGUGUUGUGUUGGAUGGCGUUUUGUCCCAGUCUGAAUGUGACACUGUGAUACAGUUAGCCAACAUUGCUGCAUCGGUCGGAGACGGUUACAAGGGACGGCGUUCUCCACACACGCCUCAUGAAAAAUUCGAAGGCCUGACCAUCUUAAAAGCUUUUAAGUUGGCGCAGGAUGGAUUGUUGAACCAAUCAGAUGCCAAGUUGUUACAUGAAGCAGGCGAGAGAGCAAGAAUCCUAAUUCACUCCUAUUUCAGGAGUCACUCGGCUCUUUAUUUCUCCUACACACACCUUGUUUGCCGCACUGCCAUUCCAGGACAUCAGGAGGGACGCUUGGAUCUGUCUCAUCCCGUCCACGUGGAUAACUGUAUACUGGAACCAGAAACCAGACAAUGCUGGAGAGAAGCGCCUGCAUUCACACACAGAGACCUGAGUGCAGUUCUCUACCUAAAUGAUGAUUUUGAAGGAGGAGAGCUCUUUUUCACCGAUAGAGAUGCCAAAACAGUCACAGCCAGAGUGAAGCCCAGCUGUGGGCGCCUUGUUGGUUUUACUUCAGGACCGGUGAACCCUCACGGUGUCACGGCGGUCACGGCAGGCCGCAGGUGCGCUCUAGCACUCUGGUUCACCACGGAAAAACUUCACAGGGACAUGGAACGAGAGGAGGCUGAAGCCAUGUUUGGACUCGAAGGAAAGGAGGAAAUGGAGGAAAAGGAGGAGUCCGAUAGCAAACACGCACCUGCUCGCAGUGGGCGGAGCCAGCCGUCUAAAGUCAGAAGCAAAGAGAGGGAGAGGGUAUCGAGUGGGAAAGACGAACUUUGAACGGGGAUUGAAUCUCUGACACAUGACUGAAUCCACCCAGAUCGAUGAUCUUUUUACGAACAUUUGAUAUUCACUCCAGAAGUAUCUCCAAAGCUCUGUGUGAAAGUGAAUUAUUUUCCUGUAUAUACGUGUGGCAUCAGCUCAUCCAGCAUUGUGACAGUGGUCUGACAAUGCGUUAUUUGAUUUUUAUUGAACAUUUUUCAUUGAAUAAAUACAACUUAAUGGGA